GCUUAUGAGCCCCCACUAUACGACUACUCCUACAGUACGAAUAACGCAUUUGGCAUUCAGUUUCAGUGAGACUUCGGUGAAUAGUGCGACUAGUCUUAGCUAUUCGAAGGGCGUCUUAGUGCUUUGCUCGAGUUCCAGUCGGUUUCAUAGUGUCAGUUGGAUCACUUUUCAGGGCAUUAUGUCGUCUGAGCCUGGCAAUGAAUUACGAUGGAACGCAGUUAUGUGUUACUUUCCUGGGCGUCCAUACUACCUCAGAUAUCAGAUUGGGUUUGAUAUACUUGUUAACCCUCCUGAUGCACAAGCGGAUCCAUCUGUGGCCGGUCAACCUCCACGCUUGAUCCGUGUUCAGCUUUACUUCCCAGAUGGUAUUAUCUGCAAUCCAGCAUACUUCGAUGAAAUGCCAAAUCCUCUUUCAUUCGAAGGUGAUGUGCCACAUUCCUACCCUCCACUCCCUGAUGUCUAUCCACCAAUGCACCCAGAUAAUCCACAUCCAACCCAGUCGUUUUAUCGUCGUCUACGCCAGCAAGCUAUGAUGUUGCAGGAACAACUUUAUACUCGUGUGCUUGUAGAUAUCGCAAAUGGCCAGCCUGGGGAAUUUAUGGUAAUUGAUGACACACCAUACGACGUCAUUCCUCACUGCAACGAGUGCAAUGAGUUUCACAGAGAUCCAGAACUUGUUCACAUGAAACGACCCCGAGGUGCUCCAAAACGCAAGCACUCAAAGCAGUCACACAAACAGCCAGGGCGUUCAUAUCAGCGUCCAUCAAAGUCCACAUCCACAGAUGAGCAGGACACGUCACAUGCAGCACCACACACAGCCGGUGAAAGUGUCACCACAGGCCCCAAAAAACAUCUGCAAAAGCGCAAAAAGCGUACAGUGACUCAGCAGUUGCCAGAGGAAAAUGAGUUACAUGAAAUAGCGACAGGAAUACAAAAGAAAAAUGUUUCCACUCUGGCUGCUGUUGCAACCAUCGAAAAGGCAAUGGAUCGUUUGAAUAUACAAGAAAACAAUCUGCAAAAGCAAGAAAAGCCUACAUUGACUCAACAGUUGCCAGAGAAAGAUGGGUUACAUGAAAUAGCAACAGGGAUACAAGACAAAAAUGCUUCCACUGAGCCUGCUGCUGCCACCAUAAAAGAUGAAAUGGAUCGUUUGAAUUCGCAUGAAGAGAACGAUGAUGGAAAUGUCGUUCAGGACAACGAGAAGCUCAGUGAAGAUGCAUAUGUCAAUGACGACAAAUAGAUGGAUGCAAAUUUAGCCACAUGAUGACUCUUUUCACUCAUCCUGUGCUCAAUGCCAUGGGGAAUUUCAUUUGUAUUUUAGACAUAUUGGCAAAUUACGGCCUCUAAAGUAAUGUACGUAACUUUAUUUACCUCACAGGAGGUGGUUUAGAGACUUAUGUAAGCAUGCAUGUGGUGUCUGGCUCAGGUUUCCAACAGAGAUAGUCUUAACAUUUUUAUGUGUAUUUUUUAAAUUUAAACAUGAAGAAUUCAUUUUUAUGCUAUGAGUAGAGUUUUGUAGUGUAAAGAUUGAUUGAAAGCUUUUCAUAUGACGAUGGAAUGCUAAGCAAGUAGAAAAAGUGCUCAGCCAUCUGAAAGUAAUCUACUAGGUGUCUACAGUGUCAACUAGUUGUUUAUUAAGAUGACGUGUAGCAUUUUAUACUAAUGUGUACUUAUUGCCUGGUACCUGCAUUCUGUGGUGGGUAUGAAUAAGAAGGUUGUCCAACCAUAGUUAUUGUGAUUUCUAUUGUACAGAGAUCUUUCAACAGUGGUUACAUCAUUUUCCACUGCUGUGUAAAAUACUUGUGAUUUUAACAUGUGUGCUUCACUCAUACCAGUUAAUGAAUUAAAAACCUAAGUAAAAUGUUCAUUUAAAGCAGGAAACAUAUGAUACAGAAUUGCUAUGUUUCUACAAUUCUGACAGAAUACAUUACUGUUUGUUGAACAAUCUUACUAUGGAAACUUGUAUUGGGGAUUAUUGUUAUUGUAGAAUUACUGUAGGUAGAAAAGGGAAUUAUACAAAAUUAUAGUUGGAAAUAGAAGUAAAUAUUUCAGUUAAAUAGACUGUUUUAAUCAUGUAAUUGACCUUUGGAUGUGAUAGAUAAUAUCUGACUGAUGUAGCUGUUCAGUUUCUGUGCUACAAUUGGGUAUGAUUUCAUGAAUUAUCAAUUUAUUGGUUGUUAUAAGUGACUUGUAAAAUGUUUGUGAGCAUUAAGUAAAAAAUGUGUGUGAAACCCAUUUUUUAUACAAUGUGAGAAACGAAUGCUUAGCUUCUAUAUUACAUACAGUAUCAUACGUGACAGUUAAUUAUAGCCUUUUAUGGUAUAACCAAAUACACUGAUAAAUUUCUAAUUGGACAUAGAUAAAUUUGUGGGUAAUGUGUUUUCCCUAAAUAUAUCAUGUGUAUAUUACUAUGAAUCCCAAAAUGAUAACUAAUAAAAUUUUAGUAUUACACAGUUCUACUUAUGGGUAAUCAUUUGUCUAUGACUUUUCUAAAAACUGAAAUUGCUGAGCACCUGUACUGCUGUAAGUAUGCUAACAAUGUGUAAAAAAUAUAGUUUGACAAUUGUUCUUAUAUAGGAACGAGUUAUCCUUGAUAUAUUUGUGAAAAUACUUAUGAAAUUGGAAAUUUCACUUUGAGAUGUGUUUUUUGUAAUUAGUUUUUUCUUAUAAGAUUAUAUGAUUUCUGUAUGUUUUUCAUUAAAUAAAGGAUCAAUACCUUGAACAACAAC